AUGACUAACGGCGUGCAGACUCUGCGGGAGAUGUUCCCAGACACUCCGGAGGAUGCGAUCCGUGUUCGCCUGGAGAGUGCCAACGGUGACGUCGAGUUAGCCUGUUCCAUGCUUCUGAGCGAUGCGGACUCGACUUCGACGUCGACCUCCGCCCUGGCCACGCUGCUGGAGAUGUUCCCACACAUCGAGGGCGCCACGGUCAAGCGUGUAUACGAGGCAAACGGCGGGUCAGAGGCAAUGGACCGAGUUAUCGCGAGUCUACUGGAUAACGAGGCAGGCCGCAGUGCAGGAGGCGCUUGGAGGGCCGCUAACCUAGAUAUAGACACCAUCUCACACUUCACGGACCUCGCGGAUACGUUCCUCAUUGGGGAGUGGUACCAUGCACACCGCUCAAACACUCCUGUCACCAUCAUCGAGAUCAUCCAUCGCGGGUACAAGAAGCGAGCAACACCAUCACAACAGCCACAAACACAACAGCAGAGGGCGUCCCGUAGAUUGGUCACUGCGGGGGGGAGGGUUCAAAGCGGGAACGGGUUUGCUCACAAGAGAUCGUCGCCGUCAUUGCAACCAAACCGUCGUGCUAUCAGCUCGCCGUUUACAACUCGAGACACUUUGGGGGGUAACUUUGUGUAUGCACCGGACGCACAAGAGGUCGUGCAAUUGGAUGCAGCGGUCGAGGCAGACGAUACCUACCACAGUAUCAACCCGGUGUUCGUCAAAGAAUGCAUCGUUUACUAUAACGGUAACGUCCAGCGCGCAACAGAACUGUUCGACUACUUGGCCAAGAGAGACGCCAUCAAGUACACUUUCUUCCACUACUUCGACGACGAAGACGGCAUCAAGAGCGGGCCCAGCUUCGUUUCGAACAAAGGUACGGGCAGAACCAUCACUAUACCGAAUAAACAACACGGGCAACCCCGGCAAAUCAGAUACAACCGUAGUCAGACCAGUACAGUGACCUCGGGAGGCUCAGGGAACGACGCGCAACUGGCUCAAUUGUUCACAGCUUUCAAGCUCGAUUUCCACGGGUACCAACCACAGACGGCCGUCUCGGUGCUCAGAGUCGCGUUGCGCCGCUGGUGGGACGCAGAGAUCGAGGAGAGAGAAUUACACGCUAAGAGACUCCAUGCAACAAACGUCAUGUACAUGGAAAAACUCACAGUCGUCACAGGCAGGGGUAUCCAUUCGAUCAACGGGAAAUCCAAAGUGAAAAUCCAAGUGAAGCGCUUCCUACAAGAAAACGCGUACGUUUUCUGGGAGGAACAGUCCUACUUUCUCGUGAUCGGCAAGAAGACCCGCUAG